CACACAACUGUAUCCAAAGAGGCGUUUUGGCGGAAGUAUCGUUCCCCGGAAGUAAAGUUGUGUCUCCCACAUGGACGCUGCUCUUGGAGUCCUCACCUCCAGAUCGGGGGAGAUGUACAAACCAGUAUGAAGAAUGAGUCCUAAACGAGGGCGGACGGGUAGGAGGAGGAGGAAAGGGCCGGAGACAUCUACAGUGAAUCAGAGUCAUGGAAGGCCGUACAUCCAGCUGAUGAGGUGGAUGAAGGAGAGAGGAUUCCGGGAUAAGCGACUCAGGACGGCCCAUUUUCCAGAUACGGGGAGGGGGCUGAUGACCACCCAGCUGCUGCAGCCAGGAGAGCUGAUCAUCUCCCUGCCAGAAUCUUGCCUGCUCACCACCAGCACGGUCCUCACCAGUUACCUUGGCAAAUAUAUCCACGGGUGGCGCCCCCCUGUGUCCCCUUUGCUGGCUCUGUGCACGUUCCUGGUCUUGGAGAAGUACCUUGGAGAUCAGUCCCCAUGGAAGCCGUACUUGGACGUGUUGCCUAGUGCCUACGACUGUCCGGUGUACUGGGAAGAAGAGACGGUGAACUAUUUGCCGGAUCCUGUGAGGCAGAAAGCCGUGGAGCAGAGGAGCGCCAUUCAGGAAUUCUACUCCUCAGCAUUGCCGUUCUUCAAGUCCCUCAGUCCCUUGUUUCCGGAGGCCCCGGAGAACAUACUAAGCUAUGAGGCCGUGCGGUGGGCCUGGUGCACGGUGAAUACCAGGACGGUGUACAUGAAACACGCUCACAGGGAAUGUUUCUCUGCUGAGCAGGAUGUGUAUGCUCUGGCGCCAUAUCUAGAUCUCCUGAACCACAAUGCUGGCGUGCAGGUGGAAGCUUCUUUCAAUGAGAAGAAUCGAUGUUACGAGAUAAGGACUAAGGUUCCUUACAAGAAAUACGAGCAGGUGUUCAUAUGCUACGCUCAUCAUGAUAACCAGCGCCUCCUCCUGGAGUAUGGCUUUAUUGCAGCUCACAAUCCUCAUCAAAGUGUGUAUGUGGCAAGAGACGCCAUCCUUCAGUUUGUUUCCAGAAAAGACAAACAGUUACAGAAGAAAUGGUCACUUCUUAAAGAAAAUGGCUUUUUAGAGAACCUGACAUUUGGACCAGAUGGCCCCUCCUGGAGGCUCCUUACAGCCUGCAGACUACUGUGCCUUGGCGCUGAUGAGUUCACAUCCUGGAAAAAAAUUCUUCUGGGAAGUUUUGUGUCUGAGUCUUGUGAGCGGGCAUCCGUGGAACUUGUGCGGAAACUCUGCCUCCAUUUACUAGAACAGACCACCCGUGCUCUAGACGAGAUCUCAUCUCGGAAAAGUGAGAAGACAGCGGAUCCUCACCUGGUUUUGGUGGAAGCCUUAAGACAAGAGGAAAUGAAGAUUCUGACAUCUUCAGCCAAUAUUCUAGAGAAUGGAGACACAACUACAAUAUGACUGAGGUUGGCGCACAUACUCGGUUCCAUCCUUUAACUGCCACCAGCCUUAUCUACUGUUAGAAACUGUGACAGUUACAUGGAGAGAGCUGCAUCAGAAAGGACAUGCCUCCUGAGCUGUAAUAGGGAGAGAAUUUCAGCAGCAAGGACAUGCCCUUGAGCUGUGACAGGGAGAGAGUUGCAGUAGUAAAAAAAUCACCCCCUGGAUGUGCCCCCUUAGCUGUGAUAAGGAGAGAACUGUAGCAGAAAGGACACGCCCCUUGAACUGUAAUAAGGAGAGAGCUGCAGCAAAAAGGACACAUCUGGUGAGCUGUGAUAGAGCUGUAGCAGAAAGGACACCCUCCGAGCUGUGAUAGAAAGCUGCAGCAGAAAGGAUAUGCCCCCUGAGCUGUGAUAGGGAGAGAGCUGCAGCAGAAAAGGAUCCCCCCCAUCCUGAGCUGACAGCUAGAUAUAAAAAUAGCAGAGCAAUGAGUGGGGAGAUCUCUGGAUCCAUGUGAGGUGCAGGGCUGGUUCUAGCUUUAUUAGAAAGAGAUCGUCAUGUACUGUAUGAUGUCUGAUUUAAAUGAGUUUUCCCAGUGCAAAAAAUACAUUAAAAAGGUCCCAUCAGGGUCAUGUCUGUUUUGAUGUGAUGUGGAUGCAUGUCUAGAUGUACCUUUAAAACAUUUCCACUUUUGAGUAUCUUUUACUUUUUAACCUAAAAAGGUUUAAUCUUUUGCUCUGAUAAAUUCCUUACUAUAUCCCUUCAGUGGUCAGAGCUCCCUUUUUUCUAAUACAGAGCUCCAAAUCUCCUGGACAUAGAGAUAAAUACCGGUAAUAACAUUCUGGUUACUUGCAGCCACCACUAGGGGGAGCUCAUACUAUUCAUAUAUUGAACUGAAGAAUACACAGUGUGCAGUCAGCUCCCCCUAGUGGUGGAUCCACAUGAUAUCUACUGUAUAUUAGUAAGCAUAUAUAUAUUAAUUUUUUUAUCUGUCCAUGUA